UUGCAAAGUAAACAAAGAGACACUAGUGAACCAGAGAGACAGAGAUACUACAUAGUGAUGGCUAAGAUGUCAAGGUCAUCUAAGCUCCUUGUGGUGAUGCUUUUUUCAUUCAUGGCGCUUUGCAUAAUCUCCCAUGCACAAACCUUUUUUCCUGGUCGGAAAUUAACUGAGUAUCCGCGUCCGAUUCCGUACGGGGCUACCCCCCCGUACACUCCUGUUCCUCCGGAAUGUUUCAACCAACCUGACCAACCUGGUUGUCGUCCAUGAGAGUUUAAAUUUGGUCACAUGGAUUAUAAUCAAAUAAAAUAAGGUGAUGUAUAUGGGUAUCUUCAUAUAUUUUUCAUGAUUGCUGGAGUAUAAAAUGCUUGUGAGAUCCAUGUAAUAAAUAUAGUAUGAUGUAGUUUUUCUUGAAUAAAAAUAUAUUAUAUAUAGUAUGUUGUAGUACCUUAGUUUGUAAUGAAUAAAGACAUCUAUGUAUCUUUUGUUGGUCAUCAUGAUGAUAUCUCUGUUUAAUAAACUAAAGUUACC